UGUUCAACUUGGCAUUAGAUGAUCUUACCGAUCAUAAAUAAGCGGCGACGCGACCCUUAAGGAGAACGCUCUCAUUCCUCUCCGUCGCCGUCUUCAACCUCUCUCGGAUUUGACAACUUAAUCUUCAUGAGUUCAAAAACCACUGUAGCAUCCGUCGUUUCCUGUAAAUCGGGAAACAAGAACGACUUCCUCUGGAUUUUGGUUUGCUUGCUGCCAAACUUUUUGGGAACUGCUAUUGUAUACGUGAACUUUCUCUUGAUCAAGGCCAUUGAUAGGAGUCCUUCAGCUGAACGCAACUUGGAGUUGUUGUCUUGAAAUUCAUCCAUAGCAGCAAUCAAUUUGUCCAUCUGAAGCACACAUCUCCCUUUCAAUAGUCUUGGUAACAUGGUUUUCUCUGAUGUACCUGGUUUGACCAAAACCAGAAUGUGCAAACCAAUCCAGAACCAGCUACUUUUUCCUAUGAACCCCACUGAUAUUGUCCCCUUGGAUCAUGUUGAGUUAGAUUUUGCUGAUGUAUUUGGUCCUCUACCAGUCCAGACACCCAGUGAAAUGAAUCCUGGGGAUUCAGGAGAUUCAGUAUCUGCAGCAGAUACAAAUGAUCUCAUUUAUGGUGAUCCAGUUGUUAUUUAUAGCCGGUCACAUUCUUUGGUUGGCCCCUCAACUUGUCUUAGUCAAUCAUUGAAGCUCAGCAAGCUCGCUUUACAUGAGAUAGAGGAUUCAGAGGAACUUGUGGAGUGUCUUCAUGAAGAGGCUGUCAAAGAACUUCAGAGGACUUCCAGUGGUGAUGAUAUUUCUGAGAAAUCUUUUGAAGACAUUGAAUCUGAUUCCACCACGGUUGAGACUGUGGGCCUUGAGGAUUUUGAAGUUAUGAAGCUUGUUGGGCAGGGUGCAUUUGGAAAAGUAUUCCAGGUGAGGAAGAGAAAUACAUCAGAAAUAUAUGCAAUGAAGGUCAUGCGGAAGGAUAAGAUUAUGGAGAAAGAUCAUGCUGAAUAUAUGAAAGCUGAAAGGGAUAUUUUAACAAAAGUAGAUCACCCCUUCAUCGUCCAGCUCCGAUACUCGUUUCAGACCAAAUAUCGACUGUACCUUGUGCUGGAUUUUGUAAAUGGAGGUCACCUUUUCUUUCAGCUUUACAACCACGGUCUUUUCAGAUUUUCUUUCAGAGAGGAUCUGGCACGUAUAUAUGCUGCUGAGAUUGUUUCUGCAGUCUCUCAUCUUCACGCAAAUGGAAUAAUGCAUAGGGAUCUUAAACCUGAAAAUAUCUUACUGGAUGCAGAUGGCCAUGCCAUGUUGACUGAUUUUGGCCUGGCAAAGGAAUUUGAUGAGAAUACGAGAUCAAAUUCAAUGUGUGGAACUGUAGAAUAUAUGUCACCUGAAAUUUUUCUUGGGAAAGGUCAUGAUAAGGCUGCAGACUGGUGGAGUGUGGGAAUCCUAUUAUUCGAGAUGCUCACUGGGAAGCCUCCAUUUAUUGGUGGGAAUCGGCAGAAAAUCCAGCAAAAGAUAAUAAAAGAUAAGAUCAAGCUUCCAGCCUUUUUGUCAAGUGAUGCGCAUUCUGUGUUGAAAGGGCUGCUACAAAAGGACCCAAGCAAGCGCCUGGGAAGUGGACCGUUGGGGAUCGAUGAAAUCAAGCACCAUAAGUGGUUCAAACCAAUCAACUGGAGGAAGCUGGAGGCUCGUGAGAUUCAGCCAAGUUUUCGUCCAGACGUUGAUGGAAAACUCUGCAUUGCAAACUUUGAGAAGCGAUGGACCGACAUGCCAUUGGCUGAUUCUCCUGCUGCCAGCCCAAAAGCCAACGGAAAUAUCUUCACGGGCUUCACCUAUGUAAGGCCUGCGGCCUCUUUUCUUCGAAGGAAUAGCCCCUUGAAUUAAGAAAACUAUUAUUUUACUGUAGUGCUGUCUUUCCCAUGGAUAAUUGUGUCAUAUGGGAUUAUUUAGGAAAGCCCAGCAAAGUCUGUAUGGAGACCAGUUCGAAUUAUGUAUUAUGUGGACACGAUCUGUGCCCUUACCAUCUACUUCAAUCUGAUAAUUAGUCUGCGUUGUUCAAACUGCUAUAAAUAACAUUGACUAUUUUUAUUUUA